CUGCAUGCAUCUGUCGGAAAUUUUUUCAUCACCUGUACAGUAUAUAAAGUGCAGCAGCGAUGAUAAGUUCUAUCAGAAAAACUGAUCUACAGCACUUACCUGUUCGUCAUGAUGAAGCUGAUCCUGUCUCUGACUCUCAUCUGGGCACUCUCCAGCACAGCUGGAGCACUUCAGUGUCAAACUUGCACAAAUUUGGAGUGUUCAAGCACAGUACCAGUAACAUGUCCCUCAGAGGCGUCGUGUGUAACAGCUGCUACUCAAGUCACUUCAUCUGGAACUACAGAACAGCAAAUCUUCAAGGCGUGUGCACCGUCCUCCCUGUGUCCAGCCACGGACUCUCAGACAUUUUCAUUCAACUUUGGUGUUUUGAGUGCAGUUAUAUCUCUUAAGUGCUGCAACACGGAUAACUGCAACUCAGGAACUCUAGCUUUCCCUGCUGCUCAGACAAAUAACAGCCUUCAGUGUUUCACUUGUGACCCCAUCACCUCCCAAUGCACCACUCCAUUACAAUGUAAGGGAGAGGAGGACCGCUGCUUUCAAGCGAAUGUGAAGAUUGGGUCCGGCUCUUUUCCAAUCUUUGGCUGCGUAUCUGCAAACCUGUGUGCAGCUGCUACCAGCCAGGGUAGCUUUUCUUUCAUGUCAAGUGUUGCUGACUUCACCAGUGGACCAUCCUGUUGUGGGACCAGUUUGUGUAAUACUGUUACAACAACAACUGCUGCACCACCAACAACAACAACUAUCAGUGAUGCCUGCUGUAUCAGACUGGUUAUGAUCCAUCUGCUGCUCGGACUCCUUAUCUUUGCCCUCUGUUAGAACACGGGGGGAAAAUGGAGGAAGCACCUUUGAAGCCACCAGAAGGACUCUGAAAGGACCUUUUGAAGCCUGGAUUUUGGUUUACUGCUCACUGGCUUCUGUAGCUGGCAGUUACAGGGGCUAGAAAAUCCAAAUUUAGGACAAAGAGGAUGGAGUCUGGGUGAAGCUGAGGUGGAACACGUAGGCAGCAAUGUAAUAGACACACAUACAUGUACACACAACAGAGGGAAAACUACCUUUUUCAUGGCUUUCAUUUACUUGGUACAUACUCGCUGGGGAUUUUCUAUCAAACCUGAUUGAAUGUUGUUACAUUAUUUUACCUGAACUGGUUGUUUAUUUUACUGUUUAUUUUAUUGCUUUUGUGUAUUUCAUGUGUUUUAUUUCUUUAUAUUUCGUCAUUCACUGGGGUAUUUUAUUUCUCUUGUUGUGAAGCACUUUGUACUUUGUUUUGAUAAGUGCUCUAUAAAUAAAGUUUUAUUAUUAUUAUUAUUAUUAUAGUUGUAGUUUUGUUGCAAAGUGUACAAAUACUUCAUUAAAAAAUAAUUAAAUUUAAUACUAAAAAAUGUAUUUUUAUGUAAAGUCAGAAGUCAAAUACAUUUUCCACAUGUGGCCCUAAUCCUCUUCCACAGUAAUUAACAGAAGACUCAGUGGGAGAGGGAAAACUAUCCUCAUAUUUAAAAACAAAACAUGUUUUUAUGACUUUGUUUCACACUUCAAGUGGACUUUACGUCUUCUGCUGACUUUUUUGUACUCUCAUAUCUCGACGGUUACACAGUGCAGGUGCAAAUUUCACAUCUAGUUGCCGUCAGUGACAACAGCAACUGGUAACAAGGCACAAAAGGCCGUACAGUGCCCUCUCCUGGCAGAAUCAAUCUACUGCAUGAUGGCAAGUCCACACAAAAAUGACUUCUCAUUGAAGACACCAGUGAUAAACUAUACUAUUUUAAGGAAUAAUAACUGUAAAAACAUUAACAAUCUAGUUACAAGUAAAUCAUUAAUAGAUGGAUACACAAUGUCAGUAGUCAAAUAAAGAGGGAAAAGAACAAUA